AUGGCGAGAGAAUAUGCGGUCGCUGAGAUGCGAUUGCAGAGGGGUGUCGCUCGUGCUACAUCCAAAGUCCUUAAACCCCGUGAAGACGGCGAAGCGGGCAGCGCGCAUGGUGCGGGCUGUCUCGCGGAUUCUGCCCGCCAGCAACAAGGCGAGCGCGAUGACGGCGAUGAGGAGGACGGCGGAGCCGCCGCAGAGGAGGAAGAUCGUCAAGCCGUCCAUGGUGUUGGGGGCUUGGGGAUUGCUUUUCAAAAAAAAUCAGGUGGACGCGUGUACAAGCGGUUUUCUCGGGGUGAAUUGCGCCGCACGUGCUUUUCCUUUCCACGCCUUCGAUAUCACCUCCUUCUACUUUUCCGACUACCUUCUGCAAGCUCUUCCUAUCAAGAACCUCGGUGUAUACCCUUUUCGAAGACUCCCAGCAAGUAUCUCCUUCGCAUCUGCUCUUCUUCUCCCACCGCGAGAUAUAUACUCUUUCCACCAACUUCUAGCAAGCCUCUCCUUCGAAUCUCUUCUUCUUCUCCCAAAGCAAAGGUGUCGUCCGACAGCACCUGGAAUAUGAUCGAAGAUGGUGGCGAGGACCUCUACCGGAAAUACAAGAACCCGGCGGCCUUGGAAGCGCAGGCCGAAGGUCGAGAUCCUCGGCCAAUUCUGGACGCUCCUGUUUCUCCUCCCCGCGCCCCCACAUCUUCCGCCACCCCGCAGCAGCAGCAACAGCAACAGCAACAGCAUGGCCUGAGUCGCAAGCUAGUUACGAGGCCUAAUGAUCCGGUAGUGAUGUGCAACCACUACACCAACCCGCCGUAA